AUGGAGAACCCGUCACGCAAGCAGAGUUUUUGGGUUCGUGGACAUUUUUUUUACUUUGGCUUCACGCACUGCCCGGAGAUCUGCCCAGUGGAGUUAAAUCGCAUGUCGAAAGUGGUGGACGCCGUGCGGGCACGGCGCCCCAACGAUCGUAUUCUCCCUCUCUUCGUUUCCUGCGACCCGCGGCGGGACUCGCUGGAGGCCAUUGAAGAAUACCUUUCUGCCUUUCAUCCGGACUUUAUUGGGCUUGUGGGAACGCCUAAACAAGUAAAUGAUGCUUGCAAGUCGUAUCGCAUCUACUACUCUCUACCUAGUGACGAGGCGGUGGAGACAAACGACUACCUGAUUGACCACAGCAUCGCCAUUUUCCUCUUUGAUCCGAAGGGGCGAUUUGUAGACUUUUUUGGGAAUCGCUACGAUGAGUCAGAGAUCACAGACCGCGUGCUGCAUUACAUGGAGCAGCUCGAACGCAAUCCAGAGUGGACAAACUGGUGA